AUGAACAACCGAAUGUUUAUCUUAUGUUUGACAGCGUCAGUGGUUAUAAGUACCUCAGCUCUUCCUAUCGAUAGCCAACGAAAUCCGUUUUUGCCAGCACCGCGAGUUCCAUGUGACUGCCUUGAUUGGUAUGGUGAUUGUCGAAAUAGAGGCGAUCGGUGGACUGAUGAUGACACUUGGACAUAUGAAUGCCAAGCCGACAAUGAAUCGGAAGCCAUAGUUACAGGAUGCCAUUUAGAAAAUAAUUCCCAGCUCGCACUCGGAGAGAAUCGUACUAUCGAUGGUUUGUGGUUUUCUUGUAGAAGGGAUGAAAAAUCUUUGCAAGUAGAAUCUGAACCUUAUUGUUUGGUAGACGGACGAGUUCGUAGAGUUGAGGAACGAUAUAAGAAAGACAGAUUCCAAUGGAAAUGUUUGCCCACAGGACAAUGGGUCACAGGAUGUUAUUACUCAAACGAAACAGUACAGGAUAUCUUUAUGGAAAUUGACGAAGUGGUAGAGGAUGGAAUCCUUCAGCACCACUGUGAAAAGUAUGCCGACAACCCGGGAGUUGUUCAAUAUUUCGUUGAGAUUGAUGAAGAGAAAGCAAGCGUUCAAGGAAAUCCUCCGCACAAGCAGAAUCACAAUUUACCUGAAGAUGGAGACAAUCGCAUCAAAGAGAAUAUAAUCGAAUGGUCUCAUGAACAAGUUGACCACUUCCUAGCAAACGAGAACGGCUUCCGGAAAAAAAUCCGUUACCUCGUUCGUUCUCGAGGAUAG